UAAAUUCAAUCAUUAAAGGUUUUUCUCUCUGCUGUUCAGCUUUAAUUUCUCUCUCACAACUCACAAACACACACAAGAAAGAAAAUCAAGAAAGAAAAAUGGUGAAGGUUACAAGCUUGUUGGAUUUGAGCCAAAAAAGGCACAAUCAUGUCUUUGUAAAGCUGGCAGUUUCAUUUCUCUUGACGGGUCUUGUAUUUCGCUUGUUAGUUUCCGAUUCCCUUGGAUUUGCUUCUCUUCUACAAACUCAGACCAAAACAGACUCUUCUUCUUCUUCUUCUUUGGCUUCUCCUACCCAACAACAGCAACAGCAGCAGGUCCUCCUCUCUCAUGAUUUUCCUGCUAAUCAAUCCCAAUCACCUUCCCAGAAUGGUAAGCAAAAUGCAGGUGGAGGAGGUAAAUGUGAUAUUUUUACUGGAGAUUGGAUAGUGGACCCAUCUGGUCCAUUUUACAAUAAUGAAAGCUGCCGUUUGAUUGAAGAUCAUCAGAAUUGUAAGAGCAAUGGACGGCCUGAUUCUGGCUAUCUUUACCGGAGAUGGAGCCCUCGGGAUUGUGAUCUGCCCAGAUUUGACCCUCAAAGAUUUCUUAAUCUAAUGAGGAACAAAUCAUGGGCGUUCAUUGGUGAUUCCAUAUCGCGUAAUCAUGUUCAAUCACUACUAUGCAUUCUCUCUCAGGUAGAGCAACCUGUUGAGGUCUACCAUGACGAGGAAUACAGAUCGAAAAGAUGGCACUUCUCGUCUCACAACUUCACACUCUCAGUAAUUUGGACACCAUUCCUCCUGAAAGCAGGAAUUUCUGAAGAUAAUAACGGAGUUUCAACAUCGGAAAUCCAGCUUUAUCUGGAUGAACUUGAUGAGAUAUGGACGGAUCAGUACAACGGCUUUGAUUAUGUUGUGAUUGCUGGAGGCAAAUGGUUUCUCAAGACGGCGAUAUACAUUGAGAACAAUACAGUUGCAGGUUGCCAUUACUGCCCAGGGAAGAACUUGACUGAGCUCGGAUUUGAGUAUGCUUAUCGAAAAGCACUUAAGUUGGUUCUCAACUUCUUCACAGAUAAUGAUCACAGAGCGUCGAUCUUCUUUAGAACAAUCACACCAGAUCAUUUUGAGAAUGGGGAGUGGUUCAGUGGAGGUACUUGCAAUAGAACAGUACCCUUCAAAGAAGGCCAGAUUGACAUAAGAGACGUUGAUGCAACGAUGCUGAAUAUUGAACUGGAAGAAUUUGCGAAGGCUGCAGAGGCAGGAACACGAAAUGGGGUGGUUUUGAGACUACUUGACACGACUCGCCUUUCGUUGUUGAGACCUGACGGGCACCCUGGACCGUACAGGAAUUUUAUGCCAUUUGCAGAGGAUGAGAAUGCCAAAGUUCAGAACGAUUGCCUACAUUGGUGCUUGCCGGGCCCAAUAGAUUCUUGGAAUGACCUGCUAAUGGAGACAAUGGUGAAUGAGGAAACAAAUAGGUAGUUUUUCUUUCUUUGCCUUUGCCGGUAUGGGAUUUUGUUGUUGCUGCUGCUGAAUGCACUAUUUCCAUUGAGAACGAACAAUCAAUAGUUCGUCGCACAAUGUGUUUUCAGUGGUUGUCAUCAGGAGCAUGGAAAACCAUGCUACCCUCAAAGGAUUGUAAUUUGCUGAUACAUACAUGCAAACUACAGAAUUCAAUUACAGAAAAAGAAAUACUCGAGUCAUUUUAUAUCACAGGGUUCAGAUUCUCCAUUCUUAGAAUCAUAGUUGUAUACUAUUCAAGAUGUAGCCUCUGAAAUGUUCAAAAUCAAGGAACAACUAGUGAUAAGAAUCUACAAUCAACAAAAUCAUGGAAUUUACUGAACAAUCUGCUCAAUAUUAGACAGUCGACAAAAGCAUAAAAGAGAAAAGAGCGACAAAUAUCCAUUUAAGAUAGCUAUUAGACAUAGAAAAGUCACGAUUGGAACAUCUUUAACUUCAUUUUCUGUAACCAGUUGUACAGAUUACGAAUAACUUUUACAUAAGGUAUACACAAUUCAGAACGAGCGAGUGUUCUCAAAUCUCUACUUCAGAAUUUGAAUUGAAUCUAUUAUGUAUAUGUCAAUUUCAAACCAGUAACGGAUGUGCAUUCAAAACUCAUUUGACGCCCUCUACAGGCAACAAAAGUUACAAAACUAA